CCAUGAUGCUUGUUUGCUUUGGGUGAGAAAGAGCAGCGGAUACAAAGUGGAGCAGAAACAAAGGAGACGCGCACUCAGCUUCGUCAACUGGUAAUGCGCUUACAGUAUUACAGGGAUGCCCAAGGAAAAAUAUGAUCCGCCUGACCCAAGGCGGAUGUACACAAUAAUGUCGAGCGAGGAGGCAGCCAGCGGGAAGAAGUCAUACUGGGCCGAGCUGGAGAUCAGUGGGAAAGUAAGGAGUCUGAGCACGGCGUUGUGGUCUCUCACACACCUGACUGCUCUGCACAUCAGUGAUAACUCCCUCUCGCGCAUCCCGCCUGACAUUGCCAAACUACACAAUCUGGUGUACCUGGACCUCUCGUCCAACAAGAUCAGGAGCCUGCCCGCCGAGCUAGGCAACAUGGUAUCUCUCAGGGAACUGCUUUUAAAUAACAACCAGUUGCGAGUUCUACCUUUUGAGCUUGGAAAACUGUUUCAGUUACAAACACUGGGUUUGAAAGGAAACCCACUUGCACAAGACAUCAUGAACCUCUACCAGGAACCCGAUGGGACGCGCCGACUCCUAAACUACCUGCUGGACAAUCUUGCAGGCACUAAGCGCGUCUCCACAGAACAGCCCCCUCCUCGCUCCUGGGUACCUCUGCAGGAGCCUGACAGGACACGACCAUCAGCCCUUUUCUCAGUGAUGUGCUACAAUGUGCUGUGUGAUAAGUAUGCCACGCGCCAGCUCUAUGGCUACUGCCCCUCCUGGGCCCUCAACUGGGACUACAGGAAAAAGUCCAUCAUGCAAGAGAUCCUCACCUGCAGUGCAGACAUCAUCAGCCUACAGGAAGUGGAGACGGAGCAGUACUACAACUUCUUCCUGGUAGAGUUGAAGGAGCAUGGUUAUGAGGGUUUCUUCAGCCCCAAGUCUCGUGCCAGGACCAUGUCUGAGUCCGACCGAAAACAUGUGGACGGCUGCGCCAUAUUCUACAAGACUGAGAAAUUCAGCUUGGUGCAGAAACACACAGUGGAGUUUAACCAGCUGGCCAUGGCUAACUCGGAGGGUUCGGAGGUUAUGUUGAACAGGGUGAUGACCAAGGACAACAUUGGGGUCGCCGUGCUCCUAGAGCUACGCAAAGAGAUGAUGGAGCAAUCUGCAGGGAAACCCUUGCAUGGAAUGGAGAAGCAGCUGCUGCUGGUGGCAAAUGCCCACAUGCACUGGGACCCUGAAUACUCAGAUGUAAAGCUGGUCCAGACCAUGAUGUUUCUCUCAGAGGUGAAGAACAUUGUGGACAAGGCCACACGCAGCCUCAAGCUCUCUUCUGUGUCGGGAGAGACCAAUGCCAUCCCGCUCGUCCUGUGUGCUGACCUCAACUCACUGCCUGACUCAGGUGUCGUGGAAUACCUGAGCACAGGUGGUGUGGACAGCACGCAUAAGGACUUCAAGGAGCUGCGCUACAUCGACUGCCUGACCAACUUUAACUGUAACGGCAAAAACGGCACAUCUAGCACGAGGAUCACACACGGCUUCAAGCUAAAGAGUGCCUACGAGAAUGGCCUGAUGCCUUAUACCAACUACACCUUUGAUUUCAAGGGCAUCAUUGACUACAUCUUCUACUCUCAGCCCCUGCUUAACGUGCUGGGGGUGCUGGGCCCACUGGACCCCCACUGGCUUCACGAGAACAAUAUCACCGGCUGCCCCCAUCCCCACAUCCCCUCCGACCACUUCUCCCUGUUUGCACAACUAGAGCUGGUCCUGCCCUACCCGCCCGCAGUCAACGGCAUCCACGUGCCUGGCCGCAGGUAGUUCUCCGAGCCAGCAGGGGGAGCUCCCAUCCACGCCUCGCCUCGCCUGCUCUCUGCUCAGGGAGAGAGGGGCAAAGCUCGUUGUGUAUAAAUCAGAAUCCGAUAGGAGGAGCUGGGUAAUGGCUAAACUUUUAUUCCCAAUGGAUUUUAACUGAAGCAGAUGCUUAUUGUCAGUCUUAUGAGUACCACCUCCCCUUCUCUAUUAGUUGUUUCUUGAUUUUGAUUUAUGUAUUUUUUUUUGUUUGUUU